CUCUUGCCUAGCUACAUCAGGAGUUCUCGUGCGGAUUAAAGAAAGAACAUCAAGGGACAAUGGAACCUGGGAAGUCCCAUUAUCACCAUUAGGCAAGUGUGGUGCCGGACUCCAUCAAGAUGCGACUCCAUGAUAACUGUGCCGUGUGGCAGCCCCGCCCUGGCUUUGCCUCUAAUCCACCAUCUGUCCUCUGCCAUCCCCCUCCCCCCGGGGCCCCACAGGCCUCCACUGUCCUCAUCUGUAAAAUGGGUGACUUGGAUCAAGGAAAACUUUAGUCCCUUCCCGAGGCUGCCAUUUUAUCCCUGAGUCCCCUUUAAAUGGCGCUGACAGCAAGCUGCACGUGGCUCCCCCGCCCCCAGAGUAUGUCUGUCUUCAUUCCUAACCUUUACCUUGGCAGACCAAGCAUUAGAUUCAUCGAGCCUGUUGGACAACCCCUGGCACAUCUCCUGUUUUCCUCUGUUCCCUCUGCAGGUCACAGACAACACCAAACCCAGCCUCCCCGGGGCUCAGCCAGACAGGGGAGCCGGCCGCUGAACAAAAGCUGCCCGCCUCCCAGGGCCUAAGGGAGGUCCUGGGCACUCGCCGGGGUUGUUUGGUUUUGAGGUGUGCUGGGAUGAAAGGCACCCUGGAAGUGGAAGGCUCGGUCAUUCAUUCAUUAAUUAUAAUUGUGGGUUUGUUCUUCAGGAUGAUUCCUUUGAAAUUACUUUCCCUCCAACAGUGACGGGCGACAGAGGCAUCAGAUAUUCAGAACAGGCUCCAUUUCCUGAGCACGAGCAUUUUUUAUUCUAGGACCUGAGGCUCUGUUCUGAUCUGGCUUUUCCCUUGUCCCCACCCCCUCCUUGCUUUAGAGCUAGAGUUUGUUUAUGGGAGGGGGGGAGUCUUGUGUGUUUAAUUGUUUACUUUGGGGGGGUCUUGUGUGUUUAAUGUCUACUUUUUAAAAGGAAAUCUCUGCUACACUAAAGCAAAGAUUUGGGGACUUUAAUUACACCCUUUCCGGAGAAAUGCACAGUGGAAAAAUCCCACGGAGAGAUUAGAAAGACACCUGAGACUAAUACCCACCUAAGGUCUCGGGCCACACCUCCAGGUUACAACUGGAAGGGAGACACACACUGGGGUACCGAUGCCACUCUAAACAACAACAGCGUGUGCGAAGGCCCAGGGGCGCUGAGGGAUUGACCAAGAGGAAACACGUGUUGCACAAUGAUAGGAUCUUGUUGGUACAGUUGUCAGAGAAGGGAACUCCCACAGCAAAGGGCAUAAAACCAUCCAGGGCAGUCCGGGGCGGCUCAGUUUUGCGGUGUCAGGGAGCGGACCAGAGCCCAGCCCUGCCCCGGACACAGAUGGGACCAUGAGCUCCGGUUACAGCUUCAGCCAGACCCUCUCAGGCUCCCUCCACGGAGCCGCAGGCGGCUGGGGCUGGCCAGGGAGCUUCCCCCGGGCCCCCAGUGUGCACGGGGGCGCAGGGGGUGUCCGCAUCUCCCUUUCCUUCUCCUCGCCACGGAGCUGCCCACCCCCAGGCGGGUCUUGGGGGUCUGGAAGGGGCAGCUCUCUCCUAGGCGGAAAUGGGAAGGAGACCAUGCGGAACCUCAACGACCGCCUGGCCUCCUACCUGGACAAGGUGCGCGCCCUGGAGGAGGCCAACGUGAAACUGGAAAGUUGCAUCCUGAAGUGGCAUGAGCAGAGAGAUUCGGGCAGCAAGCAAGAUUACUCCCAGUAUGAGGAAAGCAUCAGCCGCCUACAGGAGCAGAUAGCAGAUGGCAAGAUGACCAAUGCUCAGAUCAUUCUUCUCAUUGACAACUCGAGGAUGGCAGUGGAUGACUUCAGCCUUAAGUAUGAAAAUGAACACUCCUUAAAGAAAGACUUGGAAAUUGAAGUUGAGGGCCUCCGAAAGAACUUGGAUGAUCUGACCAUCAUCACAACGGACCUGGAACAGGAGGUCGAGGGGAUGAGGAAAGAGCUCAUCCUCAUGAAGAAGCACCAUGAGCAGGCAAUGGAGGAACAUCACAUGCCAAAUGACUUCAAGGUCAACGUGAAGGUGGAUGCAACCCCGGGAGAAGAUCUGAUUAAGGUCCUGGAGGAUAUGAGGCAGGAAUACGAGCUUCUAAUUAAGAAGAAGCAUCAAGACUUCGACGUGUGGUAUAAAGAGCAGUCAGCAGCCAUGGCCCAGGAGGCGGCCAGUCCAGCAACUGGGCAGAGUGGCCAAAGUGACAUCCAUGAGCUGAAGCGCACUUUCCAGGCCCUGGAGAUUGACCUAGAGACACAGUACAACAAGAAGUCCGCCUUAGAGAAUAUGCUAUCGGAGACCCAGUCCCGGUACUCCUGCCAGCUUCAGGACAUGCAAGAGAUCAUAUCCCACCACGAGGAAGAAUUGGGGCGGCUACGUCACGAUCUGGAACGUCAGAACAAUGAAUACAAGGUCCUCCUAGGUAUCAAAAGCCACCUAGAGAAGGAAAUCGCCACCUACCGCCAGCUCCUGGAGGGAGAGAGUAGAGGGUCAAUGGAAGAAUCUAAGUCGAGUGUGAAAGCUCCAAAGAUCAAGGCCAUCACACGAGAGAGCGUCAAUGGAAGAAUAAUUCUUUCUCAAGUGAAUGAGCUCUAAAAGUACACAUGAGACCAAUAAAAGUUUCUGCCUGUGGUGAAAACUAACUUCCCCCAAAGGAAAGUCCUUGCUCAGACACAAAUGGGUGAAUUCUAAGAGGAAUCUUUGGAGUUACCAGGCUCAGAAACUUUUUUUUUCUCUAUAUCACUCUCACCAGACAUUCCAUCAUGAUAUUCAUAGACCGCUGCACUUUUUCAAAGUAUGAGUGCAUGAGCUUAAAGCACUGCUUUCCUACUGCAAUGAUCCAAGUCCCAUCAUUACAGCUCUAUUUUGUAGCCAAUAAAAUGCCACACCAGUUGCA